AUGGACAGAGCAGGAGAGCUGGUGCUGGAGGCGCUGGUGCCGGGGAGGUUCACGGAGCAAGAGGAGAAGAAGCAGCUGCACCUGUGGGCUGUGGUUGUGUCCCUCAACGCCGGAAAGGCGCUGGCAGCCUACGAUGCUGUGCGGCACGCGUGCAACCUGCAGCCGUACAGUGUGGCGAUCUGGAACUUGUUCAACCAGGUGGUGAACAAGGCAGGAAAUCAGAAGAAGCACUACAAGUUCGUCCUGCGCCUCCUCCUCCGACACCCCGACAGCGUCCCAUGCAUGAUCCUCAUCGGGCAUCACUGCCAGAUGUCAGGGAGCACGAAGAUGGCCCUUGCCGAGUACAUCAGGUGA